AUGGACUCGCCUGUCCUGAAUCAGCUGUUACGUCAGCUAUUUCGACAUCCGGCUUGCCAAACUUUGCGGCGACCACCAGCGUCUCUCUCGCGUCAAACGCGCACAUUCCUUACCCGUCGCACCCCAGCGAAGCGCAAAUCCCAAGAUGAUGGCAUGCUCUGGACCAAACGGGGGGAUUACCCCAAGAAUAUUGACGAAGAAUAUUGGCAAUACCCUACGGUGACGGCCAAGGACCUGAAGAAUCGGCGUGAAAGACCGCGGCAGGUGAAGAUGUUGACGCGCGAAUUUAUCGACGAUAGUCUUUACAAUCCUCACUAUGGGUAUUUCUCGAAACACGCGACCAUUUUCAGCCCCGGGGAGCCAUUUGAGUUCAACAACAUCGAAGACGGGCCCGCGUUCCACCGAAUGCUGGGCGAGCGAUACACGGAAUUCGAGGAUCUACUCGACCAGGAGAAACCAGAUAUUGCCCGGCAGUUGUGGCACACUCCAACAGAAUUGUUCAAACCUUACUACGGAGAGACCAUUGCGCGGUACUUGGUUUCCAAUUACAAGCUCACGCUAUAUCCUUAUCACGAUCUGAUCAUUUACGAGAUGGGUGCCGGAAAUGGAACCAUGAUGUUGAACAUCCUCGAUUUCAUCCGUGAUACCGAUUACGAGGUGUACCAGCGCACCAAGUACAAGAUCAUUGAGAUUUCGCCAGCGCUGGCAGAUCUGCAAACCAAAAACCUGCUGGACACCCUCAGCUCCAAAGGUCAUCGCGAACGAGUCGAGAUCAUCAAUCGCUCCAUUUUCGACUGGGACACCUAUGUUCAUUCACCCUGCUUCUUCCUUGCCCUUGAAGUCUUUGACAAUUUCGGCCAUGACACAAUCCGCUACGAUACCCGCACACAAGCCCCCCAACAAGGUGGAGUGCUCAUUGAUGCUGACGGAGACUUCCACGAAUACUACAACACCCAACUCGAUGCCGUUGCCGCUCGCUUCUUGCGCGUUCGUCAAGCUGCAGCGCGCCGUCCAUUCCCCAGCCCCUUGGGACCCUGGUACCUGCGUAACCUCCGAUCAGCAGGACCCUUCCGCAAAGAGUUCUCCCCUCCGGAGUAUAUUCCGACACGGCUGAUGCAAUUCUUCGAUAUUUUGAAUCAGUAUUUCCCUGCGCAUCGGCUGGUCUCCAGUGACUUUGACUCAUUGCCGGAUGCCGUUCCCGGGUUAAAUGCACCAGUGGUGCAGACUCGUUACCAACGGCGGACUGUGCCAGUCACGACACCAUUUGUGAGUUCUGCGAGUCCCUCUUUCUGGCCUGUUCGGUCAUGUACCGAGAUGUUACCCACUUCUGUCUUUGCUCACAUCUUACAACUUGAACAGGUGCAUCAGGGCUACUUUGAUAUCUUCUUCCCCACCGACUUCAACGUGAUCGAAGACAUGUAUCGCGCAGUCACGGGCAAAUUGACCCAGGUCAUGACUCAUGAGGAUUUCGUCCGUCGAUGGGCUUACAUCGAGGACACGGAGACGCGAAACGGAGAGAAACCCGCUUUUGACCUGGUACAAGAAUGCCAGCAUGUUGAUGACCGUGUAAAUCUGUACAAUAAACGACCGAGGGGUGGGAUUUGGCAAAGGAGGAGAAAAUGA